UGAGCCGCCCGCACAGAAGACUCAGGUUGAAGAAAUGGAGAAGACCGCACUCGCCGUCACACCAAUCUCCCAGAAAACACAGGAAGAGUACGAAUAUACAAUUAGACGUGGGCGGCUAAUACACGAUCUGGACCUUGGAAAGCCGAAAAUAAGACCGGAAAGACAAACAGAGUUGACCGAUGCUCUAAGGUCACCUUACGUGAAGCGGGCAGUGUCGAUUAAGGCAAAGCUUGAAAACGCUGAGCUCUCCGUCAGCUCAUACAUGUUUUCAGCCUGGGGUUCAAUGUGGGAUGUUGUCUUCAGAACUAAGAAAGGAGUGCCGGUGAUGAGAUCUCCGCUCGAAUCAUUAUUGCCGGGAAUCGAGGUGCACAUAUUGGUAAUAAGCGCGUGGGCGGAUUUGUUGAAUUACGAAGAAAAAUUCAAGCUAAAGGGAAGCAUCGCACGCCUGUUCUGUUCAGUCAAUAUGUUGAAUGAAGACGACUACAUUAAAAAUGCAAAAUCAAGAGCAAAAACGUUCGGAGACAACAUGGAACCGGUUUUAGUUUCAGCUGAUGUCAAAAAGAUACCUGAACAUGCCCUCAUCUUUGUACCAGUCUUACACGAAGCUCAUUUCUAUUGUGUAUGCUUUAAUUUAAAGGACAUGAAGGUAGAAGUUUUGGACAACAGCGCUAAGGAUGUCUCAAUGCAAGCGAAAUACAAAAAAAGGCCGGAAAAAUUGCGUGAUGCUUUAUCGGUGUACUUGGAAAAAAAUGGGCAUCCGGCGGGCGGGGUGAUCGAUAAGGUUGAGCCGGUACGAUUGGAAAUGCCAUGGCGUACAAAAAAUAAUGUAAUCGAUUGUGGCGUCUUCCUGAUGCGCCAUAUGGAAACAUACAAGGGCGUAUCUGGAAAAGGUUGGGAAUGCGGAUUCUCAAAUGAGUGCACUGAUGCGGGUGAGAUUUCAUACAAGCAAAGCAAAGAGAUUGAUGAUCUCUGGCGUAAGUACAUUACGAAGAUGCUCCUAAGUGAAGGAAACGAGUACAGAGGUUUUGUUAAAGCCGAGGUUGCUAAAUAUAACAAGUUGUCGGCGGAUGAAAAAAAGAGGCUAGAAUCAAAAGCCUAUGACACAAUCCUUGCAAGAUUGGAUAACUAGCUUAAAAUGACAUGUUCUCGAAAAAAAACUUUGUUAGCGGUAGUUUGUUGACGUAUUGUGCACUGAUUUUCUUAAAACCCAGUUAGUUUGUUUUGUUCAGUU